AAUCUCAUCUCUUCCCGCGAUAAGUAUUUUGGAAAAAUAAAAAUGAAGAGUUAUCUCGGAACUAUCUAAGAUGAGAGAGUCACAACUCACAGCUGGAACUCUUGGAAACCCUAAUCAAUCUCUAAUUCUUAAAACAAAAUAUAAGGGAAAAGAUGGAAAUCUGACCGAAGAAGUACUGCCAAUCUUUUCGGAGUUUCGUUUAAUCACUUCAUAAACUAACCAAGCUCAUAAAUCAAGAUGGCUGAUAAUUCACAUGUCGAUCCCCAAUUUGGCGAUGCAUCAUCCCUUGACAAGACAUUCGAUUCUGAGGUUCCAGGUUUCUCUUGCUCGUUCUCUUUACCUUCUGAACCGAUUGAUGUUGGAAAUUGGUUUUCUAGUUAUAUCUAUGAAUCUCCUGUAAUUGAAACUAAAGAAGAAUCAAACUGUCAAAUUUGCGGAGAGAAUGAAAGUGAGAAAGUCGAAUUAGAUUCUAAAAUGAUUGCUAAGAAAGAAGUGGACUUCGGGGAGCUUCAAAAUCCUAUAGACAAAGAUGGUUCUGGUUUUGGUGUAGAAAGAGAACUGGAAAAGCAGGCAAUAGACAAGGGUAAAAGUGAUUUUCCGGUUCCUAAAAUAGAUGAAAAUGAGAGCUUUCACGGUAAUGUGGUGGAAGAACAAGGCCAUAAUCUUGUUCCAUUUAUAGAUGACGUAGAUUCUCCACAAAAUGUUGAUGGGAAAUUCUCUUGCUCCUCUGAUCUCUCUGAGCCUCCGGAUAUCAGAAAUUGGUUCUCAAGUUAUGUCUAUGAAUCUCCUAUUCUUGAUACUGGAGACGAAGUAAACGGUGCUGUUCUUGGAGAUGGUCAAGUUGAGAAAGUUGGUUUAGGCAAAGUUUUUAGUAGGGAAAAAGAGGAUGAGCAUCAGAACCAUUCUGCAGUCGGUUCUGUUUUUGGAUGUGGAGAUAACGAGCAUCGAAACUAUUCCGCAGUCAAGGACAUAUGUAUCAGUUGUAUUACUAACACAAACGAAAACAGAAGCUUGACUGAUGAAGUAGUGUAUGAACAUAAUCUUGUUCCACCAAAGGAUGAUCCAGCUCCUUUUUUGCGCAAUAUAAAUUCUCCUCAAAUUUCAGAUUCAAGAAAGAGAACUAAAAGCUCAAGUGCUAACUGUGAAGGAGAAAUUUCGUGAGGUAACAUCUGCAAAGAGAACUCACAAGAUUUAAGAAACAACAAUCGAUUUGUUCCAAAGAGACCACUUUCAUGUAUCAAUAGCAAAGAAGAGGAAAUACAAAGUGUUACGUCAAACGGUUUUGUUUCUACAAAGAAGAAACACCGUGUAAGUAAAAUUGGUGGAAAUGUUUUAGAGAGAACCACUAGGAAUAAUCAAGUUCUUGGUGAAAUGCAAACAACAGUAGCAAGAAGGCCUUUUUCUGAAAGAACUAACAUUUUUCCGAAUGAGGCGGCUGCACAAGAGAUUACUUGCAAAUGGAAGUGCCCCCAGAAAAACAAGCCAGACCUUGGACAUCCGAUGAAGCAGCAACGACUUGAACGAUGGAUUCAUCGAGUAUAAGGGACAGAAGUGGUGUGACGCAUUCACCCGACGUUUUAUCAUUGUACUUUCCUGAAAUUGCUUAUGCUGUUUAAUAUCUUGCCAGUGCAUGUGUCGUCCCUUGUGUUACAUGGACAUGGUGAAAUAAGUUCCACGGUGCCUUAAGAACA